AUGGACGUGGACGUGGACGUGGACAUGGACGUGGACGUGGACAUGGACGUGGACGUGGACGUGGACGUGGACGUGGACAUGGACAUGGACGUGGAUAUGGACGUGGACAUGGACGUGGACCGGGACGUGGACGUGGACAUGGACGUGGACGUGGACGUGGACAUGGACGUGGACGUGGACGUGGACGUGGACGUGGACGUGGACAUGGACGUGGACGUGGACGUGGACGUGGACGUGGACGUGGACAUGGACGCGGACGUGGACGUGGACGUGGACGUGGACGUGGACGUGGACGUGGACGUGGACGUGGACGUGGACGUGGACGUGGACAUGGACGUGGACAUGGACGUGGACGUGGACGUGGACGUGGACGUGGACGUGGACGUGGACGUGGACGUGGACGUGGACGUGGACGUGGACGUGGACGUGGACAUGGACGUGGACGUGGACAUGGACGUGGACAUGGACGUGGACGUGGACGUGGACGUGGACGACUUGGACGUGGACAUGGACGUGGACGUGGACGUGGACGUGGACGUGGACGUGGACAUGGACGUGGACGUGGACGUGGACGUGGACGUGGACGUGGACGUGGACAUGGACGUGGACGUGGACGUGGACGUGGACGUGGACGUGGACGUGGACGUGGACGUGGACGUGGACGUGGACGUGGACGUGGACGACGUGGACAUGGACGUGGACAUGGACGUGGACGUGGACGUGGACAUGGACAUGGACGUGGACAUGGACAUGGAUAUGGACGUGGACAUGGACGUGGACGUGGACGUGGACGUGGACAUGGACGUGGACGUGGACAUGGACGUGGACAUGGACGUGGACAUGGACGUGGACGUGGACGUGGACGUGGACGUGGACAUGGACGUGGACGUGGACGUGGACGUGGACGUGGACGUGGACAUGGUCGUGGACGUGGACGUGGACGUGGACGUGGACGUGGACGUGGACGUGGACGUGGACGUGGACGUGGACAUGGACGUGGACAUGGACGUGGACGUGGACGUGGACGUGGACGUGGACGUGGACGUGGACGUGGACGUGGACGUGGACGUGGACGUGGACGUGGACGUGGACGUGGACGUGGACGUGGACGUGGACGUGGACGUGGACGUGGAUGUGGGACGUGGACGUGGACGUGGACGUGGACGUGGACGUGGACGGUGGACGUGGACGUGGACGUGUGGGGGACACGUGGACAUGGACGUGGACGUGGACGUGGACGUGGACGUGGACGUGGACGUGGACGUGGACGUGGACGUGGACGUGGACGUGGGUGUGGACGUGGACGUGGACGUGGUGUGGACGUGGACACUUGGACGUGGACAUGGACGUGGACAUGGACGUGGACGUGGACGUGACGUGGACGUGGACGUGGACGUGGACGUGGACAUGGACGUGGACAUGGACGUGGACGUGGACGUGAACGUGGACGUGGACGUGGACGUGGACAUGGACGUGGACGUGGACGUGGACGUGGACGUGGACGUGGACGUGGACGUGGACAUGGACGUGGACAUGGACGUGGACGUGGACGUGGACGUGGACGUGGACAUGGACGUGGACGUGGACGUGGACGUGGACGUGGACGUGGACAUGGACGUGGACGUGGACGUGGACGUGGACGUAAACGUGGACGUGGACGUGGACGUGGACGUGGACGUGGACAUGGACGUGGACGUGGACGUGGACGUGGACGUGUACAUGGACAUGGACGUGGACAUGGACGUGGACCUGGACGUGGACGUGGACAUGGACGUGGACGUGGACGUGGACGUGGACGUGGACGUGGACAUGGACGUGGACAUGGACGUGGACGUGGACAUGGACGUGGACGUGGACGUGGACGUGGAAUGGACAUGGACAUGGACACUUGACGUGGACAUGGACGUGGACGUGGACGUGGACGUGGUCGUGGACGUGGACAUGGACGUGGACGUGGACGUGGACGUGGACGUGGACGUGGACGUGGACGUGGACAUGGACAUGGACGUGGACGUGGACAUGGACGUGGACGUGGACGUGGACGUGGACAUGGUCGUGGACGUGGACGUGGACGUGGACGUGGACGUGGACAUGGACGUGGACAUGGACGUGGAUAUGGACGUGGACGUGGACGUGGACAUGGACGUGGACGUGGACGUGGACGUGGACAUGGACGUGGACGUGGACGUGGACGUGGACGUGGACGUGGACAUGGUCGUGGACGUGGACGUGGACGUGGACGUGGACGUGGACGUGGACGUGGACGUGGACGUGGACGUGGACGUGGACGUGGACGUUGACGUGGACAUGGACAUGGACGUGGACGUGGACGUGGACGUGGACGUGGACGUGGACGUGGACGUGGACGUGGACGUGGACGUGGACGUGGACAUGGACGUGGACGUGGACGUGGACGUGGACGAGGGUGUGGACGUGGACGUGGACGUGGACAUGGACGUGGACGUGGACGUGGACGUGGACGUGGACGUGGACAUGGACGUGGACGUGGACAUGGACAUGGACAUGGACGUAGACAUGGACGUGGACGUGGACGUGGACAUGGACGACUUGGACGUGGACGUGGACGUGGACAUGGUCGUGGACGUGGACGUGGACAUGGACGUGGACGUGGACGUGGACGUGGACGUGGACGUGGACAUGGACGUGGACGUGGACGUGGACGUGGUCGUGGACGUGGACAUGGACGUGGACGUGGACGUGGACGUGGUCGUGGACGUGGACGUGGACGUGGACAUGGACGUGGACGUGGACGUGGACGUGGACGUGGACGUGGACGUGGACGUGGACAUGGACAUGGACGUGGACAUGGACGUGGACGUGGACGUGGACAUGGACGUGGACAUGGAUGUGGACGUGGAUGUGGACGUGGACGUGGACGUGGACAUGGACGUGGACGUGGACGUGGACAUGGACGUGGACAUGGACGUGGACGUGGACGUGGACGUGGACAUGGAGUCGUGGACGUGGAGUGGACGUGGACGUGGACGUGGACGUAGACGUGGUCGUGGACGUGGACGUUGA